AUGCUGCCCACCAAUCAACAACAAAACCUGUCUUUGCUUUCAUCAUCAUCACCAACAAACAACACAACAAACAAUACUGCACAUACGAACACUAAUGGCAAUACAAACAAUAGCCUAUGGAACAGCCUGCAAACGCUGAUGAAUCAAAGCGGAAAUAACAGUAAUAAUCCCUUAUUGCACCAGAUGAAUUAUCUGAUGGCAGCACAAUCAUCACUCCCUGGUACAGGAAAUCAACAAUUACUUAACAAUUUAUUACAAGGACAAUCCAUGAUCAAUAACAACACCAAUUUCAACAACAACAUCAACCAACAAGCUUUGAACCUUGUCGGUAGUAUUUUGAAUUUGGUAAAUUCAGCAUCCCCACAACAGCAGCAACAACAGGCUAGUAGCAACAUCAAUAACAACAACCAGUUGUAUAGUAACAAUGUCAAUAUGCCAACAACAACAUCAGAUCAAAACAAUAACACAUCAUCAUUAUCAAACUCCUCUAUUCUGUCUCCCCACAACAACAACGACUACCGUUUACUGCAUCCUCAAAUGGUUCGGCCGAUCAAACUCUCCGUCCAUUCCAGAGCCCUCAAAUGUUGA